CAUUGCGGCCAGCAGGCUUUACGGCUUGGGUGUGGCUGCUCUUUCACGUAUGUGUGGUGAGGUCUCCCAUUCAGCUUGUUGGGGGGUCAGGUUGCGCUCAGACCUCUUCCCCAACCCUCAGGCCAGGCCUUCAAAGUGAGUCUCGCAGGAGGUGGUGUCCAGCGGGACUUGUGUGGGAGAAGUGAAGUAAGGUGGAGUUCUCUGCAACCAAUGAGGCUUCAAUAAACCAGUGAAAUGACUCUUCAGGAAUUGGUACAUCGGGCUGCCUCCAUUUAUUCAGAUAAAAUAGCUGUAUGUUUUGAUGAGUGUAACAACCAGCCUCCAGUUUGUUACACCUAUAAGUCUUUGGUUCAUGCUGCUUCAGAAUUAUCAAAUUUUCUACUAUUACACUGUGACUUUCAAGGAAUUCGGGAAGUUGGUCUCUACUGCCAUCCUGGUAUUAACUUACCCUCUUGGAUUUUAGGAAUUCUCCAAGUCCCUGCUGCUUAUGCUCCUAUUGAUCCAGAUGCACCACCAGUGUUGUCAACUCAUUUUAUGAAAAAGUGUAAUCUAAGUUAUAUUCUUGUUGAAAAACAGCAAAUUAAUAAAUUCAAAUCUUCCUAUGAAACAUUAUUGAAUUACGAUACACUUACAGAACAUACUGACUUAGUACUCUUCAGGCUUCACUGGGAAAAUGUUGCAGUCAGUUUGAUGCUAGAUGACAGAAAACAGAGAUAUGAAGAAGGAAAAAUGACAAACAGCACAAAUUCUGAGAACAAUGAAGAAAAGUCAGAAGAGCACAUGGAUGUGAGGCUAAACCAUUGCUUAGCCUAUGUUCUCCAUACAUCAGGCACUACGGGGAUACCUAAGAUUGUCAGAGUCCCUCAUGCAUGUAUACUGCCAAACAUCCAACAUUUUCGGCUACUUUUCGAGAUCACACAAGAAGAUGUUUUGUUUCUGGCCUCACCUCUGACCUUUGAUCCCUCCGUUGUGGAAAUAUUUGUUGCUCUAUCCAGUGGUGCCUGUCUGCUUAUUGUACCAGCUUCUGUCAAAGUGCUUCCAUCAAAGUUAGCUGCUGUUCUCUUUUCACAUCACAGGAUAACUAUUUUGCAGGCAACACCAACAUUGCUUCGAAGAUUUGGAUCUCAGCUUAUCAAGUCAACUGUUUUAUCAGCCAGUACUUCUCUUCGAGUAUUAGCCCUCGGUGGUGAAGCAUUUCCAUCAUUGGCUGUUCUCAAAAGCUGGAGAGGAGUAGGCAAUAAAACACAAAUAUUUAAUAUUUAUGGUAUCACAGAGGUAUCAAGUUGGGCAACUUUUUACAAGAUUCCAGAGAAGUUUCUUAACUCUACUUUGAAAUGUGAAUUGCCUGUACCACUGGGAUUUCCACUGCUUGGAACAGUAGUUGAAGUCAGAGAUACUAAUGGUUUCACAAUUCAAGAAGGCAAUGGCCAAGUAUUUUUAGGUGGCAAAAACAGAGUGUGUUUUCUUGAUGAUGAAAUGAUAGUACCGCUUGGCACAAUGCGAGCCACGGGAGACCUGGUGACGGUGAAAGAUGGAGAGAUGUUUUUCCUGGGACGCAAGGACAGUCAGAUCAAACGAUAUGGCAAACGUCUUAACAUUGAAUUUGUGCAACAAGUUGCUGAAGGACUUCAGCAAGUAGAGUCCUGUGCAGUUACAUGGUAUAAUCAGGAAAAAUUAAUUCUGUUCAUGGUGUCCAAAAAUGAUGUAGUAAAGGAAUACAUCUUUAAAGAACUGCAGGAACAUCUUCCAAGCCAUGCCAUCCCGGAUGAACUUGUGUUGAUUGAUUCUCUACCAUUUACAUCUCAUGGCAAAAUUGAUGUUUCUGAGUUAAACAACAUAUAUUUAAACUAUAUAAACUUGAAGUCUGAGUGUAAACUCAGUGGAAAAGAGGAACUUUGGGAAAAAUUACAGCAUUUGUGGAAGUCUAUUCUGAGUCUCUCAGAACAUCCUUUGAAGGUUCCUGAUGAGUCACUCUUCCUAAAUAGUGGUGGAGAUUCCUUAAAGUCCAUAAGGCUCCUCAAUGAGAUUGAAAAACUAGUUGGCACAUCAAUACCUGGGCUUCUGGAAAUUAUUCUUAGCAGUUCCAUUUUAGAGAUUUACAAUCACGUCCUUCAAACGGUGUUUCCAGAUGAAGAUCUGCUAUUUAGCAAGAAUUAUGCCAUGAAAAGAAAAUUCAGCGAUAUUAAUCAAGAGGAAAUCAGUGGAAAAUCUUUACCUCAGAAAUCUGUCCUGACUUUAAGUUGUGACAAUGAGCUAGCUGCUUUUAUUGCAGUGAGCAGAGGGAGUCAGAUUUUGUCUCUGAAUUCGGAGUUUUUAACUAAGUUAGGACUUGGCUCUUCAGCCCAUUCUUCCGAUUUAAUUUCACAGACUAACAUUCAGAAUGUGACAAGCCUAAAUCCUCCAGCUCUUACUGGGAAGUCAAAAGAUCCAUCCUGUGUUGCAGAAGUUUCUCACGAGGGAACAUCUGUGAUAGAAGCCAAGAAAAUGGAGCUUCAUGUGAGGUGGAGGACGGACACAGGCAAAUGUGUGGAUGCUUCCCCUCUGGUUGUCAUCUCCGCUGCUGCUAAGUCCUCUGUAACUGUGUACAUUGGCUCCCAUUCCCACAGAAUGAUGGCAGUUGACCUUUACUCUGGGAAGGUGAAAUGGGAACAGAUUUUGGGAGGUCGAAUUGAAUCCUCAGCAUGUGUAUCUAAGUGUGGAAACUUUAUUGUAGUGGGCUGUUAUAAUGGGUUAGUUUAUGUUCUGAAAAGUAAUAGUGGAGAAGAAUACUGGAUGUUUACUACCAAGGAUGCUGUCAAAAGCUCAGCAACCAUGGAUCCAACCACAGGACUCCUUUACAUUGGAUCUCAUGACCAGCAUGCAUAUGCUUUAGAUAUUUAUAAAAAGAAGUGUGUUUGGAAGUUAAAAUGUGGAGGAACUGUCUUUUCGUCCCCUUGUUUGAGCCUGAUACCACAUCAUUUAUAUGUGGCUACACUGGGAGGCCUGUUACUGGCUAUAAAUCCUGCCACUGGGAACACAGUUUGGAAACAUUCCUGUGGAAAACCACUCUUUUCUUCUCCACGGUGUUGCCUACAGUUUAUUUGUAUUGGCUGUGUAGAUGGAAAUUUACUCUGCUUUACUCACUUUGGAGAACAGGUUUGGCAGUUCUCUACCAGUGAACCAAUCUUUUCAUCCCCAUGUACCUCAGCAUCAGAGCAAGAAAUAUUUUUUGGUUCCCAUGAUUGCUUUAUCUACUGUUGUAAUAUGAAAGGUCACCUCCAGUGGAAAUUUGAAACUACUUCCCAGGUGUAUGCGACACCAUUUGCUUUCUGUUACCAAGAUUGUAGCAAUGAAAUGUUGCUGGCAGCAGCAUCUACUGAUGGGAAACUGUGGAUCUUGGAAUCUAAGAGUGGACGAUUGCAAAGUGUGUAUGAACUUCCUGGACAAGUCUUUUCUUCUCCUGUGGUCUGGGAAUCAAUGCUUCUUAUUGGAUGUAGAAAUAAUUAUGUUUAUUGUCUGGAUUUGUUGGGUGGACAUCAAAUAUAAUCAAGUACAGUCCUUACUCGAUUAUCUGAGAUAUCUGAAAAUAUUUUAUCGUUACAGAACAUUUGGAUUAGUCUUAUUUUAUACUAAAGAUUAUUUUUGCUUAAGGAACUUGUCUAUGAUACUUUAUUGGAGAAUGAUCAUAUUUUACUUCCUAUAGUGGAACAAAUGCUUUUAAAAGGAAUUACAGAACAAAAACAUCAAUUUAUUUAGUAGCACUCUUUGAAUUAGGCUAUGGAUAUUUUACUUUGGGCUUUUUUCUUUUUUUUAUAGACUUCUGUGAAAAAGAAGAUCAGAGUUUACUUGGUGGGUUAAAAACUCAGUCCAUGAUGUAAUACACCAUUUACUUAUUUACAGUGAGAUCUAUUAACAAAAGGUUUUCAGAGGUAGGAUGUUUUUUAUCAAAUUAGGUUCCUUAUUUAGUAUGUUUAAGUGAACAAAAUACCAGUAUUGAACUAUAUCUAUGUAUAUAUUUAUCUCUCUUCCUAUAAUAGUUCCUUUGAUUUAUCCUCUUUUUUCCAUUUUUGAUAUACAAAUCUUGAAUAUUUUUGUGUCUGUAUUUCUCAAUUUAUUAGAUUUUGUGAUUGUAUGUCCUUUUUUCACUGGCUUGGAGGUAGGAAACACAACAAAAACCAGGAAAGAAAAAACUCUAUGUACUUUUAAGUGUCCUGAUUCUCUUAAUGUGUAUGGUUUGGGGCUGGACCUGCUUCUCCAGUGCCAUAGUCCUUUGCUUAUACCUGCAUUUGCUUGGUAUGAAGUUGCCCCCGGUGAAUUAUAGCUCCUCCUGGGAGCCAGGCCCUGUAUGCGUCUCCUCUUGCACCUGGGCUUGGUCCAUGAUUUGCUUUAA